GCCGAUUCUCAUAUGUGGGCGAAGGUGCCACGCUCGCGGACUCCUGCAAUAAUUCCGCGCUCCAAUCGUGACCUGCGUCCUUUAAGAGCUUGACGGCGACGGUUUCGGCAUUUCUCCAAAAAGUCUUGCUGCUUGCUGAAUCUUUAUAAGUCUGUCUGUUCAAAUAUGUCCAGCGACGAGAGCGAUGGCGAUUAUCAGGAACCGCAACAAGAAGAACCCGAAGAACAGGAAGAGGAAGAACAGGCAAACAGUGGUUCUGGCUCAGAGCACGAAUCGGGAAGUGAAGAGGAAUCCACGAAAAAGAAAAGUAGGAAGAGAAAGAUAAACUCGGAUAGUGAAGAAGAGGAAGAGGAGGAGUCCGCUGAUGAAAAUGACAGUGAAAACGAAGAUGAUUCGGAUGGCUCGCAUAAGAAGUCGAAAAAGAAGAAGAAGAAGCGGAAGGAUCGAAGACCACGCGGUUCGGAUUUCAUCUUGCAAGAUGUCGAAGUAGAGGAAUCUGAUCAAGACGAGGAUGAGUGGGAUGAGGAUGAAGAUCGUGCAUUGGAGCCCAACGAAAAAGAAGAGGCCGAAAAAUACAUGAAACAACUUGAUGCGGAGAGAAGGCGGAACGAACGAAACAAAUUCGCAAACAUGAACGAAGACGAAAUUGGUCGUUAUUUCGAGAACAAAUACAAAACACAACCCAUCAGGGAUCUUAUGGACGAUGAUUCUGCUUUGGAUGAUAUCUCACAACAUGGGCUUCUUCCAUCAACUAAGGAUCCCAAUCUGUGGAUUGUGAAGUGCCGAAUGGGUGAAGAAAAACUUGUUGCCUUGCAGCUGAUGAGAAAGUUCUUAGCGUUUGAGAAUUCUAAUGAGCCACUGCAAAUAAAAUCCGUUGUGGUCAAAGAAGGACUGAAAGGAAUCAUUUACAUUGAAGCCUUCAAGCAGUCCCAUGUGGCUAAUGCUAUCAAUGGUGUAUCAGCGCUUAAUCAGUUCAAUGUUACGAUGGUACCAAUUAAAGAAAUGGUUGACACUCUCAGAGUCGUUAAAGAUAUUCCACAGCUGAAAGUGAACUCUUAUGUUCGACUCAAGCGAACCAUGUAUAAAGAUGAUCUCGCCCAGGUCGACUGGGUAGAUGUUGCUCAAAGCAAGGUGAAUCUGCGAAUCGUCCCGCGUAUUGAUUAUACUCGCAUGCGUGGUGCUCUAAGAACGGACGCUGAUCGAAAUCACAAAGUAAAGCGUCGUCCAAUGCCAAGGCUUUUCGACUUGGAUCGAAUCAAAGAAAUUGGUGGCGAAGUCACGAAUGAUGGCGACUUUGUCAUUUUCGAAGGAAACAGCUACCGUCGCGGUUUUCUGUACAAGUCAUUCCCUAUGAGUGCGAUCGUUGCUGAAGGUGUGAAACCAACUCUGGCAGAACUGGAACGUUUCCAAGAUACGAGCGAGGAUUUGAAGAAAGAGUUGGAAUCCACUACUAUCAAAGACAACACACAUUUCUUCGCACCUGGUGACAAUGUGGAAGUUACCGAAGGUGAACUUGUAAAUCUUCGUGGUAAAGUCGUGAGCGUAGAUGGACCGAAAGUCGUGAUGAUGCCGGAUCAUGAAGAGUUGAAGGAACCGUUAACACUGAACAUAAACGAGUUACGCAAAUACUUCCGUCCCGGAGACCAUGUAAAAAUGAUUUCGGGACGCUAUGAAGGCGAUACUGGUCUUAUUGUACGAGUAGAACAUAACCUUGUCGUUGUUCUCAGUGAUUUGAGCAUGGACGAGAUGAAAGCUCGUCCACGUGACGUACAACUUUGUGCCGAUAUCACCACUGGUGUUGACUCGCUUGGACAAUUCCAGUUCCAUGAUUUAGUCCAAUUAGAUCAACAGAAUGUCGGCGUCAUUGUUCGGCUAGAAAAAGAGACGAUGGAAGUGCUCAACCAGCAUGGAAAGGUAAUUCGAGUGAAGCCUCAAGCCAUACAGGGCAAGAAAGACACUCGACAUUCCCAAGCGCUUGAUAGUCAACAGAAUCCUAUCCAGUGCAAAGAUAUGGUGAAGAUCAUAGAUGGGCCGUUUGCCGCUAAAAAGAAUGAAGAAGAAAAGCAGGGUGAAAUCAAACAUGUCUAUCGUUCCUGGGUUUUUGUAUUUUCAAGAAAACACAUGGAAAAUGGUGGGAUGCUUGUGUGUAAAGCCCGUCAUCUCCUUUUGAUUGGUGCCCGUGCUGGGUCUACUCGAAACGAGCUACCCACAAUGAAUCGCCUUGCUAUGUCCAGUCCAAACCCUUUCCAAUCACCGCGGCACAAUGGAAGUGCCACACCGGCACAUUCAAGCUCGCAGAGUGUUAGUGGAUAUAGUGUUGGAGGCAAAACUCCGAACCACGUUGCUGGAUUUGGCGGAGGUAUGGGCGGGGGACCGAAUAAGAUCAGGCGAGAUAACGCUAUAAUUGGAAAGAGCGUACGCAUCACACAGGGACCUCUCAAGGGAUAUUUCGGCAUUGUUAAAGAUGCCACAGAGCAGACGGUGCGAGUGGAGCUACAUACUCAGUGCAAGACUAUUUCUGUGGAUAGAUCACGGAUAGCGUGUGUUGGGGAUGGUACACCUGGUGGAUCUGUUUCUGCUAUGUCCCAAUACGCCAAAACUCCAUACCAGGGAGACGAUGGACGUACACCUAUGUAUGCUGGAAGCAAAACACCCAUGUAUGGCUCAGGUGCGAAGACGCCGAUGUAUGGCGCGGAUGAAGGAGGCAGAACUCCAUUUGGUUCGCAUACGCCUGCUUAUGACAGUUCUCGAACACCGGCUUAUGAUGGCGGACGAACACCUGCGUAUGAUUCCGGAAGAACGCCAGCUUACGAUGGAGGGCGCACUCCUGCUUAUGAUGGUGGUCGAACACCGGUCUAUGACAGCGGUCGAACUCCCUCGUACGAUUCUGGCAAAACUCCUGCGUACGAUGGCGGCAGGACUCCUUCAUAUGAAAGUGGUAGAACUCCUGCGUAUGACAGCGGUAGGACACCUGCAUACGAAGGUGGACGAACGCCAUCCUAUGAGGAACCUGCUGCUGCAUCUACCGCACGCAGGGAUAGCAGCGAUGAUGAGGAUCAUGAGCCGCAAUAUGAAGCCCCUGCUUCGCCAUCCUACAGUGUGCCAACACCAGGAGCAAAUCUCAACCCGCAGACACCUGGUUUUGCUCCAGAAACACCAAUGGGUAACUACAAUCCAAUGACUCCUGGUGGAAUGUACGACUAUUCCGCACCCUCUCCUUAUGUGCGUAAUACAUACGAAUCCUAUGGUGGACAGAAAAUACCUGCCCACUUCCUGGAAGGCGGUGAAUGGGUAAUGGAAGAUUUGUUUGUGACUAUCAAGAGUAAUCACGAUGAGGAUCGCUUCCAAGAUCGUGAGGCUAUCGUUACGAGUGUACAGGACGGUCGUUGUCAAGUUUAUAUUCCUGAUCUAAAGUGCUCGGCUACCGCUGAUUUCGAUCAAAUCGAACCGCUAAAGCCGCAGGAGGGUGACUACACUCGUGUAAUCUAUGGAGACGAAAUGGGUGUGAUGGGUCAGCUUAUAUCUGUUGAUGAAGCUGAUUGUGUAAUCAAAGUUGGUGCGGAUGACAUGCGUUUGAGUCCUCUUGAGUUCUGCUGCAAGUUCAGUAAACGAUAAGAGAAAAACAUACUGAUUGUGAAGUUUUGUCGGGUGUUGGUUAGUUUGUAUAACCUUUAGAAUUAUCUUACAUAAAAUCUAAAAUAAUCUUUCUUACUGAAGAUCCGCUUGCUUAUUUAUUGAUUAGUUGCUGUAGUUUUCUAUCUAAUCAACUAUGUUUAGUUUGGGCUUUUAGGCCCUCUGAUGUAUAUUGUAAUGAAUCUACACUGUUGAAAUGAAUAAAGGAAUGUUUUAUUGCAGAGAACGUCGUUCUAGAAAAUUUUGCUUUUCAUUUUUGAUGCUAUCCUUGCAACAUUUUCGAAC